UUCAAAGCAUGGCCACCGAGAGUGCAGAUAAAGGAUCAAAGAAAAGAUGGAAUUCAGAAGAGGACCAAUGUUUGACUAAUGCAUUGAUCAUCAUGCAUCGAGAAAACAAGUUCAAAGGGGAAGGUGGGUUCAAGAAUGGGUAUGUAGCUUACUUGCUACAAGAGAUGAGGAAGAAAAUUCCUGGCAUCGAUGUUACAGAGAAGAACAUUGAUUCUAGACUAGGCUACUUAAAAAGACAAUUUACUGCUAUACAUGAAAUCAAAGAAAAGGGAAGUGGCUUUGGGUGGGAUGAUGAAAGGAAGAUGGUGACCGGUGAUAAGACUGUUUUUGAUGAAUGGGUCAAGAGUCAUCCUUUUGCGAAGGGGUUGUAUAUGAAAUCAUGGUCAUUGUAUGAUAAGUUUCGAGGAGAUUUUUACCAAAGAUAGGGCUAUAGGGACUAAUGCAGCCACUGCUGCUGAUCGUGUUUCUCAGUCUAUUGCUACACCCAAUGAA